UCUCUCUCUCUCUCUCUCUCAUUUUCUCUCUCUUCAAUUCCCCGAAGAUCUGGUUUCGUCUUCCACUUCGAAUCUCCGCAUUGAAAUCUCUGCACAAUUUUUUCUAUCAGAAGAAGAAAAACCGCAAGCGAAGCUCGAAUUGCGAAUCUAGGGUUCGGGAUUUGAUCUGUUGUAUGUGUUUUUCCGAUGAGUAUGGAAAUCGUUGCCGGAGAUGUUGCGGCGUUCGACGCCGAGCUGUUGCAGCUCAAUGAGGUGUCGCCGCUCGCCCUCAAGGCGAAUCCGAGCUUCGUCGAGUCGCUCUUCGAGCAGUGGCUUUCUCUUCCCGAGACUAAUCGCCUGGUGACACAGUUGCUCAAUGAAGCAAAGGCAGGUGCACCGUUGAAUGUCCAUGGAAGCUCUUCUAGUCCGCAUUCCUCUUCCAACAAUGCUUUGCCGUCCAUGUUUCCAGCUGGCAGUGCGCCUCCACUGUCACCAAGAAGUUCAACUGGCUCCCCACGCGUAAUGAAACAGAGGGUUGGUCCUUCUCAUUUAGGGUCUCCCCUGAAAGUAGUUAGUGAGCCGGUUAAAGAGUUGAUACCUCAGUUUUAUUUUCUAAAUGGUCGUCCACCUCCAAGUGAAAUAAAAGAACAAUGUUUACUGAGAAUUGAUCAGUUUUUCUAUGGCCAUGCAGAUGGGCUCCAGAUGAAUGACUUCAAGUCAGUUGCUAAGGACAUCUGCAAGCUCCCUUCAUUCUUCUCUACAUCAUUAUUCAGAAAGAUUGAUAUUAAUAGCACUGGAUUUGUAACAAGGGACUUAUUUGUUGAUUAUUGGGUCAAUGGCAACAUGUUGACUAUGGAUGUAGCUACUCAAAUAUAUUCCAUUUUAAAGCAACCAGAUCUCAAGUACCUAACUCAGGAUGACUUUAAACCUGUCCUUCGAGAACUUUUGGCAACUCAUCCAGGACUGGAGUUCUUACAGAGCACACCCGAGUUUCAGGAAAGAUAUGCUGAAACUGUAAUAUACAGAAUCUUUUACUACAUAAAUAGAUCUGGGAACGGCCAUCUUACCCUCAGGGAGCUGAAACGUGGAAACUUAAUUGAUGCAAUGCAACAUGCAGACGAAGAAGAGGACAUCAACAAAGUAUUGAGGUACUUCUCUUAUGAGCAUUUUUAUGUCAUAUACUGCAAGUUUUGGGAGCUGGAUACAGAUCAUGACUUCUUGAUCGAUAAAGAAAACCUGAUCAGAUAUGGUAACCAUGCACUUACCUAUCGGAUAGUCGAUAGAAUAUUUUCUCAGGUGGCAAGGAAGUUCACUAGUAAGGUUGAGGGGAAAAUGGGGUAUCAAGAUUUUGUCUACUUCAUUCUGUCAGAGGAGGACAAAUCUUCUGAGCCUAGUCUUGAGUUCUGGUUCAAGUGCAUAGACUUGGAUGGAAACGGAAUUUUGACACGGAAUGAAUUGCAAUUCUUUUAUGAAGAGCAAUUGCAUAGAAUGGAGUGCAUGGCUCAAGAACCUGUUCUCUUUGAAGAUAUAUUGUGUCAGAUCAUUGACAUGAUUUACCCAGAGAAUGAGAGCUAUAUCACACUUCGUGACCUGAAAGGUUGUAAGCUUUCAGGAAGCGUUUUUAAUAUUCUUUUCAACCUAAACAAGUUCAUGGCCUUCGAAACUCGUGAUCCAUUUCUCAUUCGUCAGGAACGUGAGAAUCCAACCUUGACAGAGUGGGAUCGGUUUGCACAUAGAGAAUAUAUCAGGCUCUCAAUGGAAGAAGAUGUUGAAGAUGCUUCCAAUGGAAGUGCAGAAGUUUGGGAUGAAUCACUUGAGGCCCCCUUUUAAGUUAUCACUUGUUUUAGGUUUCAUUUUUACAGAAGUUUAGAUGCUUUCUUUUGUAAAAUUGGUUAGUGGAGUUAGACUUUCUUCAUGAAACAAUGAAUUGAACUUCACUACUACAUAACUUAUAUCCACUCUAUUUGCAGAAGUUUGAUGCUUAAUUUGUAAAAGUGGUUAGUGGAAUUAGACUUUCUUCAUGAAACAAUGAAUUGAACUUUCACUUC